AAGUAGCUUCUAGAGUUCAUUAUUAUACACAUAAACAGAAUUUGAAGUACGAGUAUACAUUAAAUGAUAAAUAAAUUAUUUGAUAUAAGGUGAUAAAAAUUACAAUAAUUUAUAGCUGACCAUCAAAGUAGUUUUACAAAUCUGUAGUACUGUAAAUUCUAGAGGGAAUCUUUUUCACUAGUAAUUGGUGAACAUUAUUUUCAAAACAUAGUAUUUAUUAGAUGCUUCAUUUGUAUACUUCUCAUUGCAAGAAUUUUUUGUAUCGAAUAAUGUAAACAGGCUAAAUCGCAAAUCAAUGACAUUAAUAAAAAAUUGAGAUUGGAAGAUAAUCAUACAUGGAAUUCUGCAUUAACUUAUCUAAUUUAGUCAAGAUCUUUGAUUUAGUCGAUGACUUAUCAUAUUAACAUUUACAUAAUAUUGAAAUAGAAUUAUGAAAAUAGAUGCAUUUUUCUGAAAACGUUGUUUAACUUGUCAUCAAUCAUAUCAAGAUAUGACUUAAUGCCCAUUGACAAAUUUUAAUAACAUGAAUAAAACUACAUAAAACUGAAUGUUCUUAUUAUGAUUAUAGAAAAAAAUUAUCGAGAUCGAUCGUAAAGCACGUUCUGUAAACUUUACGAUCGAUCUCAGUGAUUCUUUCAACCGCCAUACUCAGAGUAAUAUAAAUAAGCAAUGUCAUGAGUGGAAAGUACAGUUCAGGUGAAGUUGUAUCGCUGAUAAGUUCCAACUUUGCCGUAGUAACAAUGAAGUUAUUAAUUAGUGUUAUUUUAUUGUGCUUUGCAGUGGCCACUUACGCUGCUCCUAGGAUCGUCGGAGGUCAUGAUGCUCCGGAAGGCAAAUAUACGUACCAGGUGUCACUGAGACUUCAAAACCUUCACAUAUGUGGUGGUUCGAUCAUAAACAAAAGAUGGAUCCUUACCGCUGCACACUGCGUUCUUUAUCUUGAACACAAAGCUAUUGAAGUAGUAGCUGGAACUAAUUUAAUUGAGGGAGGAAAUAAGCAAGUCUACCAUUCUGAAUACAUUACCUAUCACGAAAACUUCACCCUGACCGACGUGGAAAAUGACAUAGCUUUGAUCCGUGUCGACAAGGACAUUAAGUUCAACGAUAAGGUACAACCUAUUGCCUUACCUGAUCCUGUGGAAACAUAUAAAGUUGGAGAUUCCGCAAAACUGUCUGGUUGGGGCCACACGAAGGUGCACGGCCAAGUUCCCAACAAGCUUCAAGAGAUCGAUUUAAACAUUUACGGCCAAGAUAAAUGUAGACAAGAGUUGUGGUACCUCGCUCAAAUCACUGAUUCUCACAUUUGCACUAAAACUAAAUUUGGAGAAGGUGCUUGCAACGGUGACUCGGGUGGUCCUCUCGUCGCUAAUGGCAUUCAAAUUGGUAUUGUCUCAUUUGGACACCCUUGCGCAAAAGGCAGACCCGAUGUAUUCACCAGAGUUCACACUUUCUUGGAUUGGAUAGCCGCUGAACAAGCCAAGUUUUAA